AUGAAAGAACCAUCCUUCACUUCACUGAAUAUCCCUGCCUCACAAAGCGCACAAAGCUCCGAACAGUUGUAUCGUCCAGUUUUCCAAAAAGUCAACUCGCAGACAAUGACCACCGAACGAAUAAGGAAUCGGCCACCUCCACCGGCCUAUCAUGAAGUAAUUGAACAACGUUUCACUUCUUUAUCUAGACAGAAUACGUCAUCCUCAUCAUUAACAGCAUUACAAUCAUCGAGUACUUCCAUCGAUGAUCAGUGGCGUCUUAUCAACGGUAUAACAUCUCAGCCAACCAAUCCGGAUAGCAGUGGUGUUUUGACAAGAAAAUUGAGCUCUAAUGCUUUGGAAGAACUGAUUCAAAACCAGAAGCAAGUUAUCGAUGAACAGAAAGCUUAUUUAGCGAGACUGGACCUUGCCAUCGACAAUGAGCAACAACGGGAAGUUAUCCAGCUAAGAAGACAACAAGAAAACUUGAGAGCUGUACUGAUUCCGUUACGGGAAUGUGACUGGCCAAAUCGUUUACAGCAUGAGCGUAUAGAGUUGCAAAAAAUUACUACAUCUAUCAACGAAUUUAAGCAAAAGUUGGAUGCCAUCACACAUGAAAUUAAAUUGCGAACUGAUGAAGAGCUUAAAUUAGAAUGCAACAUAAUGGCGAUGGAAGAGGAGCUGCGAGAGCUGGAAGAUGAUGUCGACAUUGCGAUAUAUUCCGAGAACAACUACUGAAUAAUGCUAUACUUCACUUCGCUACACUGAAGUAACUGAUGAAGUGUGUAUAUUUAUUGAUUUCUAGAGCUUUUAUUCGUAUGGAAAAUAAUUAGUGAUGUACAGUGAUACAUUUCAG